UAAAGAUGUAUUUAUUUUUAUUUUAUGUGUAUCUGUGGUGUGCUGCAUAUGUUGGGACAGUGCCUGGGGGGUUGGGGGAGUCAGGUUCCAUAAGGCUGGAGUUACCGAUAGGGUGAACUAUCCUGGUCCCCUGGAAGAGCAGUCAGUGCUCUUAACUCAUGAACCACCUCUCCAACCCAAGAGAAGGCACCGUUUGAGACUGGGUGUAAGAGGAGGACAGAGAGAAAAGGGUGACCAAAUAGUUGGGAUUUUGUGCCCCUCUAUUUCCACUUCUUUCUUUGUUUGGUGAAGUAAGACCUGGAAAUGUAGCCCUGGGUGUCCUGGAUCUCACUGCAUAGAACAGGCACUCCCCUCCAAUCAUGGAGACCCCUCUGCCUCUGCCUCCUGAGUGCUGGGGUUAAAGGCUUGUGCCUCCACCCUUAUUCCUCUUUCCAUUUUCUUUAGGUAAUUGUCUUUCUCCCAGGUUACUAUAGAAUGACACGGGGUGGGCCGGUUUUUGUGAAAGUUGUCUUCCACAAGGGGCAGUGGAAAAAGUUUCUGCCCUCACUCUGAACCCUUGACCCUAUCCUGGAAGACAACGGAGCAGCAAAGGUCGCUACUGCCUCCCGCGAACCCCGUAUCUCUUCUGCCCCAGCCUGGGCCUCCUAAGCAACCUGGCCCAAGCUGACCGUCUUCCGUCCGCAAUUGCUCAUCUAGGGCCCGGAAGUCUUGUAGUGCCUGGGCUCUCAACCCUCGCUCAUUCUAGCUGGACACUUGGCUGCCAACGCCUUGUGGGCUUUUUUGGAAGGUGGUGGUGCUGGGGGAGCUGCUCCAGGGCUUUGAGCGGCAGCAGUGGGGCUGCAAACCCAGGCAGAGCUAAGCAACCCAGAGCAGCAGGAGCAGGCAUUGGGGUGCCCCCGGGUGCCCCCACGGGCUGAACCCGAGCUGUGCUGCAGCAGCGAUUUGUGUGCAGAGAAGACCGGGAGACCACAGGGGGGGUAAGGGGGGCCAUGUCGCUGGCCGCGGGCUGGCACCUGCUGAGCUAGACUAGUGAGGUCAGCGAAAGACGACCGGGGAAACACUCUGUAAGGAGGCCAUGGACAGCGAUCAGCACGGCGCUCCACUAGAGGUCAGAUCUCCAGAAAGUGAUAAAAAAACGAGACCCCAAAAAUGCCAGCGUGGUACCAGAGGGAAAGGGCGACACAUACCCCCUUGGGUAGAGUUCAGGGAAGCCCUUUCUGAAGAAAACGUCCCUUCAGUCAACCCGUGGGUUCAGGUGGCGGGAAUCCGGCGUCCAGCCUAGGCGCCCUGGCCAUAGGGCGGGUCCAGGGCCACUGGAAUCCAGCUGGCAGGUGCCGGGGGCGGUGCCCAGUCCUGCCCCCAGGGGACCUUCCUGGAGGCCAGAGGCGGGUCAAAGAAGAGUGCUGGCGACGCCUUAGAACCUCGGGCGGCGGCUGCAACCACAGGUACGGCGCAGGGCAUUGUGUCCUACCUAUCUGGGCAUCUUAAUCCGGCUCUGAGAACUGAAAUUGUCAAAGUGCGCCUAACUCCGAACAUCCAUGCCCCCGGGUGUCCGAGAGCGGAGUCCUGGGAUCGCCUGAAACUUAAAGCUACGUGUUCCGGGAGCCGCAGAGCCAGGGCACCGAGGGCUGCAGGGGGAGGUAGUGAGGUCCUGAAAACCUCUGGAGAGGAGGACUUGGAGACCCCGGGGCCAUAGCCAGGUCCCGCAAGUGCCAGUGGAGCAGGUGACUGAGCGCCCGGGCGGUCCGCGUCUGGGUCGCCUGGCACUUGGAUAACGGAGGUACUGGGACAGUUGUGCCCCUGCGUCGGCUCAGAGGCCUCCAGGUGUGUUUUCCACCGAGGCCCGUGGCAUCCAAACCAGCGCCUGCGGAACUGCUGAUGGAGACGCCCAUCCAGCGCGAAAUCCGCCGUAGCUGCGAGCGCGAGGAGAGCCUGCGCCGGAGCCGCGGUCUGAGUCCGGGUCGCGCGGGAGAGGAACUCAUCGAGUUGCGGGUGCGGCCGGUGCUCAGCCGGCCAGGUUCCGGUAUCCCGCUGCCGCGCGCCCUGGAGCGCGCUCGGGCGGGCGCGAAGAUGCAACGGGACAUCGAACGCGAGGCUCACAGGCAGGCGGCGCUGGCGAGCCCCGCGGUUCCGGAGCCCAGCGCCCGGCCGCGGCCGCAGCCGCUGGAUGAACUCAAGCGCUUCUUUGAGGCUGCGGCAGAGGACGGAGCGAGCUUGCAGCGGCAGCCGGAGGCCGGAGGCCGGUUGCACCCCGCCCUUCAGGACGGCUGUCCGGUACUGGGGCAGUUGCCGCCGCUCGUUGCUCCGUCACUGCUAGAGCAGGAGGUGCUCCGGGUGCGUGAGCGCGAGCGGGAGCUGCAGCUGCAGCGGCGCAGCAUCUACGGGGCAGCCGAGGACCGGGAGCCAGCGCCGAGCCUCACCCAGAGCAGGGGAGAUGGAAAGUUGGCGGUGACCUGGCCCCCGCGGAGACAGGCCUCAGAGAACGGCCUGGAGAAGGAGCGCAGACCCUGAGGUCUGUGAAGGUUGGGGCCUGCGGCCAGAAGUAACAUGCCCUUUGGAGAACCAGGGUAGGGUUAUCCUCCAGAUCAGCAGAAGGCCUAGAGAGGGAAGGCCCAGCUUUCUUUAAUGGAAACUUGAAAUUCAGCCCAUCCCUGAUACUGACUAUGGAAUUAACCACCUCUCUCCAUAAAAGUGUUUAGUCUUCCCUGGAAAAUAGACCACCGCCCGCAAAACCUGAGUGAAACAUACAAUAAAGUUCUCCUCCCUUUUCCUGGG